AUGUUCUAUAUUGAUCCACUUCGUUUUCAGGUACUGGAAAGCGGAUCACACUUCGAACUGCUAAAAAAGCCGCAUAGUCGUUAUGCGGAACUUUGGAGAUCGCAGCAUAAAUAUGCUGGUGGAGUGCCACCGAAAGUGUCGAAACCUAAGCAUGACGAGUUGUUGCUUGAGCUCCUGGACAAUCGUCUCGAUGAUGGCUGUUGCCGUUCCGGCGGCGGUGCGUGUAAACGCUAG